AUGUCAGAGAUCACGAGACUGAUGCAAGAAGAGGUGACGUUAGGUGAGGUUCCGGGGACAAGAGAAGAAGAGGAAUUUUCGGACGACAAACUCGUGUUGGAUAUAUGUUGGAAAAGGAAGAGAUCCGAUGAAAAAGAAGAAAAAAUAUUUGUGGAGAAAGAUAACAACGAAUUCAAAACACCGACUCGUCCGGAGAAUAGAAUCCUUAAGGUCAGACAAUGCCCACCGGCGCCAACGAAAGGAGUUAAGAUAUACAGAGGUAAAACAAUAUCGUGUCGGAGACAGUUGAGUUUCCCACCGAAAAAUGCCGUCAGCUCGUUUAUAACGGAUUUGCAGUGGAGAACAAUUAAAAGAGAGAGAGAUAUUAAUAUUAGUUUUACAUGA